GACUAGCUUCAAAGAAUAGUUUACACUAGAUGUUAGGCAACAUGUGAAUGAAUAAUUGCUUCAAUCCCUCAUUUAAGUUAUAUAUUGUCUGAGUCCUAGACCAUCCAAAAACAGCAACAGACAAUUUAAGCAAAUUUUCAAGUUACAGAUCCCUAUAAAUUCCAAAAUACUUGGCAACAUCAUGUAGCUAAUAAAUCAAUAAUGAAUUCUUGCCUUUAUACUUUUAAGGUUUGUUCUUGAUCACAAGAACACUUAUUUAUCACCUUGUUCGGCACCUCAUUUUCUCCAUAUUUACCAUCUUCGAUCUCGUGUAAAGGGUUCACCAGAUUUUUAAGUUUGUUCAUUCGAAACCACUUUGGGGUGCUGUCAAUUAAGGUUGAGAGCAUGAAAAGUUUAUUAUUCGUUUUGUUAUCGGGUUUCUUUCUCCUUCUUGGAGCUACUGCUACUGCCAAGACUACUAGUUUCUCGGAGGAAGGCCCUGCCUACGAUUAUUCUGCAAGUAUUGAGUGCAAAUCAGCACCAGAUAGUCCACUCUACAACGGUGGUGUCAUGAAGAAUCAGACUCUUGGAACGAGAGGGCGCCGCCACUUCAAAAUCGCGAUGGAUUCCCCUGCUUUCACCUUGAGCAAUCUCACCGGUGAUACGAUCUAUGCCUUCUCCAGUUGGGUUAAGAUUUCUGGUGCAUAUUCGGCCGCGAUAAAGGCGACCCUAACGACCGACAACACCACUUUUGCUUGCGUGGGAACUGUGAUCGCGAGGGGCGCAUGCUGGUCGUUUCUCAAAGGCGGAUUCAGCCUCGACUCACCUUCAAACUACGCGUUCAUCUACUUUCAGAAUUCAGAUGAUUUCCAAAUGAAUGUAUCAGUUUCCAGUGCUUCUCUUCAGCCAUUUACUUAUCAGCAGUGGAAUGCAAACCAGCAACACAUGAUAAGCACAGAAAGAAAACGUGCUGCCAUACUGCACGUAUCGGAUGUCGAUGGAAAGAGGCUGCAGGGUGCCAGUGUCGCUGUAGAGCAAAUUUCUCGAGAUUUCCCAUUUGGAUCCGCCAUUGCAGAGACCAUCCUUGGGAAUUUGCCAUAUCAGAAUUGGUUUGUGGAACGAUUCAAUGCUGCUGUAUUCGAAAACGAGCUGAAAUGGGCAGCAACGGAGCCUCGACAAGGAGAGGUGAACUACACGAUCCCGAACCAAAUGCUUGAAUUCGCACGCAGAAACCAGAUCACGGUGAGAGGGCACAACAUCUUCUGGGAGGACCCGAAAUACACGCCUCCGUGGGUUCGAAACCUACCAGUACCCGAGUUGAAAACUGCAGUUAGCUCGCGGAUACAGAGCCUUGUCUCCCACUACAAGAACGAAUUCGUACACUGGGAUGUCAACAACGAGAUGCUCCACUGGGACUUCUACGAGCAGAGGCUCGGCCCCAACGCAAGCCUAGACUUCUUCCUGACGGUUCAGGGAUCAGACCCCCUUGCUCGCCUCUUCAUGAACGACUUCAACGUCCUUGAGACCUGCGAUGACACGAAAUCGACGGUCGAUCAUUACGUCUCGAGGCUUCAAGAAUUCGGAGCAGCCGGGGUAGUGAUGGACGGAAUCGGACUCGAAGGGCACUUCUCUGCUCCGAAUCCGGCCCUGAUCCGCGCUGUUCUCGACAAACUAGCCCUCCUCGAUCUCCCUAUCUGGCUCACGGAGGUGGACAUCAGCAAGAUAUUCGAUCAAGAAAUGCAGGCCAAAUAUUUGGAGGUUGUUUUGAGAGAAGGUUUCUCACACCCUUCUGUCAAUGGAAUCAUGUUGUGGUCUGCAUUGCACCCCAAAGGAUGCUACCAAAUGUGCUUAACAGAUAACAAUCUGAAGAACCUCCCAGCCGGAGUCGUCGUCGACGCCCUCCUGAAGGAAUGGCAGACCAGCGCGAUCAAGGGCAAGAGCGACGACCAUGGCGCCUUUGGCUUCAUCGGCUUCCACGGCCAAUACCAUGUCGCUGUCAGCUACGGCAACAGAACCGCGCACACGACGCUGUCUCUCAGCCGCGGCGACGAAACUAAACAUCAAAACAUUCAAUUGUAGAUUUUAUGUUGUAAUUAUAAUAAAGAAAUGAAAAAAGUAACAUUAUUGAAA